GAGCGGAAGGUGGAGCACCCUGGACCGGCGUUCCGAUUCGGAAUCUCCAAGCGUGGGCGGGCGUGUGUUUUGGGGGGUGGGGUGGGGAAGUGGUCGUGGUCAGAGUUCUUGAUCCGGAACCCCCGGGCCCAGGAUCUCUAAGUGCAGGGAGACAAGCCGAGCGGAGGUCCCCGGCAGGUGUCUCGCGGGACUGACGGGGCUGGCUGCGGGAGCCGAGGGGCCGGGGCCGACGCGCUCAGGAGGGCCCGUGUCCGGCGCAGGUGAAGCGUCUUGUAUCCCCCCGGCCGGCCCCGUUCCGCCGCGGACUUGCCCAUCCUGGGCCCCGGAAGCAUGAGCGGGCAGCGCGUGGAUGUGAAGGUCGUGAUGCUGGGCAAGGAGUAUGUGGGCAAGACGAGCCUGGUGGAGAGAUACGUGCACGAUCGCUUUUUGGUGGGGCCCUAUCAGAAUACCAUUGGGGCAGCAUUUGUGGCCAAGGUGAUGUCUGUGGGAGACAGGACAGUGACACUGGGGAUUUGGGACACAGCUGGCUCGGAGCGAUAUGAGGCUAUGAGUAGAAUCUAUUAUCGUGGUGCCAAGGCAGCCAUUGUCUGCUAUGAUCUUACAGACAGCAGCAGUUUUGAACGAGCCAAAUUCUGGGUAAAGGAGCUUCAGAGUUUAGAGGAGAGCUGUCAGAUCUACUUGUGUGGCACGAAGAGUGACCUUCUAGAGGAAGAUAGAAGACUACGCCGGGUUGACUUCCAUGAUGUCCAAGAUUAUGCAGAUGAUGAGCUGUUUCAGAAGGUGGCAGAAGAUUAUGUCAGUGUGGCUGCCUUCCAGUUGAUGACAGAGGACAAAGGCGUUGACUUGGGUCAGAAGAGCAACACCUUCUUCUACAGUUGCUGCCAUCACUGAAAGCCACCUUGUCACCUGGAAGAGGCCCUGGCUGGACCCUUACUGGCUCUCUGCUGUUGAAGGGCUGUCAGUUACCCACGGUGGCCAUGCCCUCCUGCCUGUGCUGGCCCAGGAUCACAGGCAGCAGCAGACUGAAAGGCGAGAGGCCAGUUCUUUCUCUUGGCUCUCUGCCAUUUGCUGGGCAGUGCUUGUACCUCUGCACAUAAUUUAAGUGGCUUCUGCCUUGUAAAUAAAGUCCCACUCCCCCACUAA